UCAGCUGGAGGACAAGGACAAAAAACAAGAAAUUUCCCCCAUUUCUCUCUUACAUCACUGUUUAUAUUAUUAUGUUUGCUUUGUUACCAUGAUUACUAAUGUAUGCUCCUAUAUAUGUAUAUACAUGGUGGUCUCAUUGAUGGUUGAUCGGGAAUUCAAGCAUAUUAUAAGGACUUUUUCACUACACCAAGAGUCAAAAAUGGAUGUUUUAUGCGAACCAACCAUGUUUGCAUGCAUGUUCUGAUUGGAGAUCGGUUGUGGAUGACGUCAAAUGGUAUUGAUAUUGAUCAGGAAUUGGAACGAAAGAUAACUUCAUAUGAACAGAGGGGACAAACAGUUGUACUGACUUCCAUUGCUGGUAUCCUGGUGGGAGCAGUAGUAAUUCACGAUAAGGUCAAACCUGAGGCUCGGCAAGCAAUCAAGUGUCUGCAGUCCAUGAAUGUAAAGGUUGCUCUUCUCACUGGGGAUAACCGUAGAACUGCACUGGCAAUUGCACAAGAAGUUGGAAUACCAGAGGGAAAUAUUUGUGCUGAGGUGCUACCUUCUCAUAAGAAAGACAAUGUUACUUUUUUCCAAAAAGGGAACAUUAAGGUAGCGAUGGUUGGGAGACAGCGUCUUGUUUCUGAGACGGCCGAGGAGAGGGAGAUGUGCCUGUCACAACGUAGGGUGCGUCUUGCUUCUGGGACGACCAAGGAGAGGGAGACGCACCUGUCACAACGUAGGGCACGGGAGAGAGCGUGGCGUGCAGCAUGAUCAUCUGGAUAAGAACCGCUGACCGGCGGAUCGGAGACGUAACCACUAUUUGGCACGCACACAACCGUUAGUUGGACCGCUCCCACUCGCCAAAAAUUCACUGCAUUAACCUAGUUAAUACCCCUACCAUCUGCACCCCUCCCAUAGCACGCACUUGUCCAAAUAGCUAAAGGUGGGGGGUUGGAAUCUCAUUGGUAGGCAUUUUUCUACCCUUCUUCCUCUUCUUCACUCAUCAACAUUCUCUCAGUCUACCAAGUGUGAGAUCAGGAGCAAGAUUAUCAGUAUAAGGAUUGGCAUGGUACCUAGCGUCAUAGAUGUAUAUUGUGAUCGUAUACAUAUACACACAUGGUUCUAGUUCGCUGAGGGUUCACUUUAGUGCUUUUCAUUUCUCUUGGGGUAUGUACCAUGUUCUUGUUUUCCUUUUUGCUCAAUAAGGUUUCUAGUCCCAGCCUACGAGUGAUCCUACCUCCAACAUAGUCGUAGAGAGUUGCCACGAGGCACACCAAGUAACAAUGUUGGGAUUGUUUCUUGGGACUAUUUCAAUGUUGGGAUUGUUUCGUGAGAGCAUUUCAUGAGUGUCAGGGUGCUGCAUAACCAUGCUGACAUUGUUGAACUUGCUUGCUCUAAUGCUCCUUUUCUGUCUGCUUACAGGUAUAUACUAUGGUGUUUGUAUGCUCCAAUAUUUUCACGAAACCUCUUUCCAUUUUUUCUUUGCUCUUUUUAGUUUGGUGGACACCCUUCCACCUCAUCUUGAGGCCAGCAACCUGGACCCUUCACUAGAUCUUGAUGAACUCCCUGAAGACAUCACCCUGGCUCAAACUGCUUCUACCUGGAAAUACAUCAUACAGUUUCAAGCUCAACAGAAACAGCACUAAGUGUAUAAACUUCCCACUAUACUGUUGAACAUAGAUUCAUUGUGUUAUGUAAGCUAAUUUUAAUUUUGUAAUGACUGUAACUAGUUAACAUUACCAUUAUUACAUGCAUGUAAAGGUGCUCAUGUUUGUUCAACUGUGCAGGUAUUACAGUAUAGCAAAGGACCC